AUGGCACCGAUCAUAUGGGGUCUUGACUUGUCUGAAAUACAAUGGAGCAAGUUCAAGAAUAGCUACAUGUGGAGCAACCAAUAUCACUUGCGGCGAACGAAGUUUGUCUUAUACCAAGCAGCGAUGAUUCUCUGCGUGGUUUCGGAAUCCCUCGGAACAGAUGUACUUUCAGAUUAUGUUGACGAGCAGAAGCAAGUGGAGCACAAUCAACCUGAACGAACCAUCAAGAAUGACAACAUUGUUGGGUCGUUCUCAUAUAACAUCUUUGUCGGCGUCUAUGUUGCCACUAUUUUUGGUUCUGGCUUCUUUUUCGACUUAUUCUGGCCCGAAAGACAUGAGUCGACGUCUGUGAAAAUGGCAUGGAGAGUGUGUUCUGUACUGGCCUGUUGUUUUACCCUGUCAUCUGCCAUCUUGCUCACGGUGAUCUUGUCGACUAAACACGCGAUACUGGUGGGUGAUACGACAGGGCUUGAGCUGCAGCUGAGUCCUCCUCUGUCAUACAAACACAAUGGUGAGGCUAUCGCCAGUGUCGUUUUACUGUGGUGUGGCUGGGUUGCUACUUGUGCAAGUCGAGUUAAAUCUGAAAGCAACGUGCUGAAGAUGACAACAGCUGUAUUAGCGGGAUCCACUGGACUGGUCGGUUCUAAUAUCCUCUUAACGCUGUUGGCUCAUCCAGCAUUCACCUCCGUGCAGCCUUUCACGCGUCGCAAGCUUUCUGUCGAGUCGCCCAAGCUCUCUCUUAUCGAGUCCACGGAAUCGGAGACAUGGCCAACUCUAUUCCCAUCGGGCGCAUCCAUAUUCUUCGCUGCUCUAGGCACAACGCGCGCACAAGCGGGAGGCGUUGAAAACCAGCGCAAGAUUGACUUGGAUCUCAAUCUUGCCCUCGCCAAGGCGGCGAAAGAACGAGGCGUUCAGACUUAUGUUCUUAUCUCUUCGGGCGGCGCAAACGCGUCGUCACGGCUAGCAUAUCCAAAGAUGAAGGGUGAACUGGAAGAGGCGGUCAAGGCGCUCGGCUUCAAGCAUACCGUAAUCCUUCGUCCUGGUCUUAUUGUAGGCGACAGAGAGGACAGCAGACCGACAGAGUUCGCGCUGAGGAAAGUAGCCGGUUUUAUGGGCCACUUCUUGGGCAACAAGGCGAAGGAUUCUUGGGCGCAGGACGCCGACGUGAUUGCAAAAGCUGCCGUCAAUGCGAGUUUGCAAUGUUUGGAAAACAAGAGAGAAGAAGGUGUCUGGAUGCUGGGUCAAGCGGACAUUGUGAAAUUGGGCAGGACUGAAUGGACAGAGCCUAACAAAUGA